UUUAAUAUUGAGGGGAAUCAAUCGACUCCAAACAUCUUAAAUUGAUAAAUUCGACCAUCAAGCCGAGCAUUGAGGUUCAAUUGAGGAAAGAGAUGGAGAAAAUGAUGUUGAUGAGAUCGUUGAGCCGGUUAAUCGUGCGCAGAUCUCAAGUGUUUUCAUCCUCCGCCGCCGCUAACCAAAAAAUCCGCCACCUCCACUUCUCGUCUCCGUCAGUCCCCGCUUCUUCUCCGAAUCAAAAUUUCCAGCAUCCUUUUGCACAACACCUAUGCGGUAUUCGCUCUUUCAGUCACGAUAUUUCCAAUUUCCCUGCGAUUGAGGACCCGCAGAUUAAACGUGCCUUCAAAGACUUGAUGGCUACAAACUGGGAUGACCUCUCACCAGCAGUCGUCCAUGACGUGAAGAAGGCAUUAUCCAAGAGCACUGAAGACAAAUCUGCCCAAGAUGCCCUGAAAGAUGUUUUCCGAGCAGCAGAGGCUGUUGAGGAAUUUACGGGGAUUGUCAUGUCUUUGAAAAUGGAAUUAGAUGAUGCCAUUGGACUUAGUGGCGAGAACGUGAGACCACUGCCAGAAGACUAUCAGAAGGCAAUUAAGACACUCUUCAGCAGAUACAAUGACUAUUUGGCUGCAUUUGAGCCAAAAGAAACCUAUUUGAAGAAGAAAGUCGAGACAGAGUUGGGAUCAAAGAUGAUAUACUUGAAAAUGAGGUGUGGUGGCCUUGAAGCUGACUGGGCAAAGGUUACAGUCCUCGGAACUUCUGGACUCUCUGGUUCUUAUGUUGAGCAACGAGCAUGAACUUCAGAAGACAGGUCACGAAAUAUCUGCUUCUGUAGUUAUAUGCAAUUUUUAAACAGUUGCUGUUAAAGAAGGUUUCUUCUGCCAUUUUUCGGUUUCUUGUAACUUGUAUGCUGAAACUAGUCGUACCAUAAAGUUAGUCUAAUAAAAAUUACAGCAAACUUCUAUGCUC